CUGUACUUCCGGAACUAAUCAGCUGGGAUCUGUUUCUUUACCGGACUGAAUUUACUGAAGGGAGCGUUUUUUUGUUGUUGCCUUGGUAGCGAUUACAGAAAAUCAAUCAGCUGGACAGCCACGUAGUUUGCUAACUAAAUAGAUUAAGAAUGGACGUUAAAGAGCGAAAUCUGCUGGGUGGUGGCGAGAACAUCGUUGAAAUGGUGGAUUUGGAUGAGGAGAAUUUUGCUGUUUCAAACUCAUCAGAUUCAGAUGCAGCCUUUGAUGCUGUCAUUGGGAGUAUUGAAGACAUCAUCAUGGAGGACGACUUCCAGCACAUGCAACAGAGCUUCAUGGAGAAACACUACCUGGAGUUUGAUGACUCCGAGGAGAACAAACUCACCUAUACACCCAUCUUCAACGAAUAUAUUGAGCUGCUUGAGAAACAACUUGAGCAGCAGCUGAUGGAGAGAAUUCCCGGUUUCAACAUGAGCGCAUUUACUCAGUUACUCAAGCAGCACAAAGACGAAGUGUCCGGAGACAUCUUCGACAUGUUGCUUACUUUUACAGACUUCAUGACCUUCAAGGAAAUGUUCAUUGAUUACAGAGCACACCCAUACCUCCUCUGUCUGCAGGAGAGGGAGGGCCGAGGGCUUGACCUCAGUGAUGGCCUAGUGGUGAAGUCUCUCAGCUCUACAUCCUCCAAAGCCAUCACCGCCAGAACAACAACAAAACUGAAGUAACUAAUGAAGAGUCAUCCCCAAACACAUGAACAUACACAUGACCAAUAGUGCACUGUGCUGCUGACAACAGAACAGAAUUGUUUGUCUUGUCCAUGCCCUCCAGUCACAGGGGACCACAGGGAACAUCCGUCUUUCCCCCAGCUUUUGUAUUUCAACUGUUGUAGGUUUGCAAUGGGAAUGUAUCAGUCAGGUUGGUCUUUGUUUUACAAUAUUUUACAAAUAGCCUUUCUCUGGUUAAGAUAGACACCUUUGUCCUCAGGGUGGGGUACAGCGUUUAUUAAAUUUGUGCUCAAUGCCUUGAGUUUUGUGCCUGUUACAUUAUUAACACGUAUGCCAGAAGGUGUUUGUAGGUCAAGCAUUUUAGACAGACUAAACAGUAGCCUAGUUGCUCAGCCCUUGGCAUUGGUGGUUAGGAGAACUAUAUGCACCAGCAAUGGGAAAACAAUUUAGAAAUGUUUUUAUUAUUAUUGUACUCAUAGCCCUCCACAACAAACCGUAUAUGAAGCCUGAAAGAAGAAACCUGGUACAUUCAGUCCUAGGCUGUUUGGUCGAUGGUGCUUUCUCAGAUCCUUCUUUCUCAUUUGAACCAAUGGAAUCCCUUUCUGUAAAAUAAUUUCAAUAAUAUUAGUACAACAUUUGUCCUACAGUGGGGAGAACAAGUAUUUGAUACGCUGCAGAUUUUGCAGGUUUUCCUACUUACAAAGCAUGUAGAGGUCUGUAAUUUUUAUCAUCGGUACACUUCAACUGUGAGAGAUGGAAUCUAAAACAAAAAUCCAGAAAAUCACAUUGUAUGACUUAAGUAAUUAAUUUGCAUUUUAUUGCAUGACAUAAGUAUUUGAUAAAUCAGAAAAGCAGAACUUAAUAUUUGGUACAGAAACCUUUGUUUUCAAUUACAGAGAUCAUACGUUUCCUGUAGUUCUUGACCAGGUUCACACACUGCAGCAGGGAUUUUGGCCCACUCCUCCAUAAUGACCUUCUCCAGAUCCUUCAGGUUUUGGGGCUGUCGCUGGGCAAUACGGACUUUCAGCUCCCUCCAAAGAUUUUCUAUUGGGUUCAGGUCUGGAGACUGGCUAGGCCACUCCAGGACUUUGAGAUGCUUCUUACGGAGCCACUCCUUAGUUGCCCUGGCUGUGAGUUUCGGGUCAUUGUCAUGCUGGAAGACCCAGCCACGACCCAUCUUCAAUGCUCUUACUGAGGGAAGGAGGUUGUUGGCCAAGAUCUCAUGAUACAUGGCCCCAUCCAUCCUCCCCUCAAUAUGGUGCAGUCGUCCUGUCCCCUUUGCAGGAAAGCAUCCUCAAAGAAUGAUGUUUCCACCUCCAUGCUUCACGGUUGGGAUGGUGUUCUUGGUGUUGUACUCAUCCUUCUUCCUCCAAACACAGCGAUUGGAGUUUAGACCAAAAAGCUAUUUUUGUCUCAUCAGACCACAUGACCUUCUCCCAUUCCUCCUCUGGAUCAUCCAGAUGGUCAUUAGCAAACCUCAGACGGGCCUGAACAUGCGCUGGCUUGAGCAGGGGGACCUUGCGUGCGCUGCAGGAACUUAAUCCAUGACAGCGUAGUGUGUUACUAAUGGUUUUCUUUGAGACUGUGGUCCAAGCUCUCUUCAGGUCAUUGACCAGGUCUUGCCGUGUAGUUCUGGGCUGAUCCCUCACCUUCCUCGUGAUCAUUGAUGCCCCACUAGGUGAGAUCUUGCAUGGAGCCCCAGACCGAGGGUGAUUGACUGUCAUCUUGAACUUCUUCUAUUUUCUAAUAAUUGCGCCAACAGUUGUUGCCUUCUCACCAAGCUGCUUGCCUAUUGUCCUGUAGCCCAUCCCAGCCUUGCGCAGGUCUACAAUUUGAUCCCUGAUGUCCUUACACAGCUCUCUGGUCUUGGCCAUUGUGGAGAGGUUGGAGUCUGUUUGAUUGAGUGUGUGGACAGGUGUCUUUUAUACAGGUAAUGAGUUCAAACAGGUGCAGUUAAUACAGGUAAUGAGUGGAGAACAGGAGGGCUUCUUAAAGAAAAACUAACUGGUCUGUGAGAGCCGGAAUUCUUACUGGUUGUUAGGUGAUCAAAUACUUAUGUCAUGCAGUAAAAUGCUAAUUAGUUACUUAAAAAUCAUACAAUGUGAUUUUCUGGACUUUUGUUUUCGAUUCCGUCUCUCACAGUUGAAGUGUACCUAUGAUAAAAAUUACAGACCUCUACAUGCUUUGUAAGUAGGGAAAACCUGCAAAAGCGGCAGUGUAUCUAAUACUUGUUCUCCCCACUGUAUGUAGCAGUCUUUACUGAGAAUAAUAUGUUAAGUGUUUUGAUUAAAUGUAUUUAUUUCACUGGUUUGUACAUAGUCUUGUGUCCCAUUGCCUGUAAAUAAGUGUUUCAAAUAAAGACAUGAAAUAA